AUGACCGCCUCCCACGACAAAUUGCAAGACGCCGUGACCAACCGCCGAUUCUCCGCCGUUAUCUUCGACCUCGACGGAACUCUGAUUGACAGCGAAACGACCGCAUGCCAUGUUUUGAACGAGUUGGUGAAGAAGUACGCAAAGGAACAGCAAGAAACAGCAACUUCUGCAGUUGAAGAAGCGUCCAAUACAAAUAGCGCAGAGCGGCAGAACAGCACCCUAACAUCCGGGCCCACCCAGACCUUCUGGUCGAAAGCGGACCACUACCGGAUUCUGGGGCAGAAGGGGGACCGGUGGGCACCGCAGCUGCUGCAGAAGGUGGGUAUCAGUGAGGAGAAGGUGUCGUGGACAAGGGUGGUGAAAGAUUGGGAAAUUAUGAUGGGAAGCGUCUUCGCGGUACAAGAAAAACUACCCGUGGGGGAUGAACUGGACGAGGUUACGACAAAAGCCGCUGCCAGUGAGACGAAAGACGAGACGAGUUCUGCGAAAACUUCAUUCCAGCCGCAGAUCCCCGGUAUUCUUCCCGGUGCGGCGGAGCUCGUGGACGUUUUGAAAAAAAAGUCGAUUCCCCUCGCGAUCGCCACGAGCAGCAGUGCGAAUUCGGUCGGGAAAAAGAAGAAGUUUUACCACGACGCGAUUUUUUCCAAGAUCGACCUGGUGGUGACCGGCGACGAGGUGACGAAGGGCAAGCCCGACCCGGAACACUACCUGAAGACGGCGGAAAAGCUCGGCUUCCCCGCCCGGGAGUGUCUGGUGUUCGAAGACUCUGCGCUCGGGUGUCUGGCGGCCAAGCGCGCGGGCUGCUUCGUGGUCGCCGUCCCGGACCCCGCGACGCCGAGCGAUUUUGUCGCGGCAAAUUUCGAAGCGGACCUGGUGCUGGGGUCAAAGGGGUUGCUCGAGUUUGAGGUGGAAGAGUUUUUUUAUCGGGUAUAAAGGCGUUGAUGUGAAGGCACCAUACUCGAAAAAUGUAGCCGUCAAGUAGAAACCUCGUUGCAGAGAAGGACAAUAACGAAGCUUUAAACAAAACAUGCUGUUGUGUGUGCACGCAAGAGUCGAAUCGAUUUUGCUUUGUGCAGCUGGAAUGAAAAAUAUCGACGAAGCUCGCAGCUCAUGUCGUGUGUGGUG